AUGCGUCCCAGCUCGGCGCUCCCAAUGCUGGCCCUGGGCUCGGUUGCCCGGGCCGCGAGCUCUCCUGAGGAUGGUAGACUCUCUCCUCGAGAUGUCAAACACUUCGAGAGAGCCCUUGAGACCAGGGGCUUGGCGGAGGAUAUCUGGAACCAGAUCAAGAACGCGGCAACUUGCACCGCGUGUCAGGGUAUUCUUGUCCUUCUCAAGGGACUCGCCGCCUUCGGAGACGGAGCGUUCGUUGACGUGACUACUGCUAUCUGCCAGCUCGCCAAUGUCGAAGAUGACGAUGUUUGCGAGGGCACCAUUGCGCUCGAGGGUCCCAUCAUUGCCAAGUCCAUUCGAAACAUGGACCUCGGCUCUACGACGUCGCAGCUGUUCUGCGGCUCGUUCCUCGGACUCUGCGCCGAGCCCGCUGUUCCUCAAUGGAAGAUUCCCUUUCCCUCUCCCAAACCACAAACCGUUCGUCCUGCGCCGAGUGGGAAGAAGCCUUCCAAGGUGGUCCAUUAUUCGGACAUCCACAUUGAUCCCCUCUAUGUGGCGGGCUCGACUACGAACUGCACCAAGCCUAUCUGCUGCAGGUGAGUCGGCUCUGAAUAGAAGGGGUUACGGCAAGGACUUGAGGAGGUUGGACUGACAAUGCAUCGUGAAAAGACCUUAUACCGAUGCUGACGAGCCUGGUACUUCGACCACACCAGCUGGACCCAAUGGAGACCACAAGUGCG